CUAUGGCACAAAAAUAGACAAAUUCAAAGCGUCACGCCAUGUGCAGAACGAACUAUAAAAACCGAAGCAAUUUCAGCGAGCGAUUAGUUAACGAAAAGGCAAAGCAAAAUGAGGGCUACUCUGGCAUUGACUCUACUGCUCAGCUGCCUCACAGGAAUUCUAUCGCAGCAACAAAAGUUGGAUUCCGCGGUGGCCAAGACUUUGGUGAGCGGUUGCAUGAAGGAGAAUGGUGUUACUUACCAGGAUAUAGAGGACUUGCAGUCGGGCAAGGUGAAACCGCAGGAUGCUAAGGACAACGUCAAGUGCUCCACCCAGUGCAUUCUGGUCAAGAGUGGCUUCAUGGACUCCACGGGAAAACUGCUGACCGACAACAUCAAGACUCACUAUGCCAACACGAACUUAAGUGACGCGGUCGAAAAGGACUUGGAGAGGUGCAGCCAGGUCAAGGGGGCCAACGCCUGCGACACGGCAUUCCAGAUAGUGGGCUGCUUUGAGGGAGCAUAAUUUAUCAAGAGCAAUAAAGGCAAGCAGCUGGUCUUACAUAUAUAGAAAACCCUUCAAAUCAAAAUGAACUAAAUCGCAUUUUAAGUGUAAAAUAAAAAUGGCUAGUACUCAA